CUGCCAAUUGUCAAUACUCAAGUUGCAUAGUUAACUAGUUAAACAAAUAAAUUUAAUAAAUAGUUAUCUUCAUCGUUGUCCACCGACGGUGAACCUCCACGCCCUAAACCCAUGCACGUCUUUAUUUUCUCGUCAGUGAUUCUCAAUAUCAAUUGCUUCUCUUUACAACUAUCGUCUCUUGAUCUCUGCAUCACCAUCUCAUAUCGAAAAAUACACAUGUCACCACCACCCACAACUCACCUCUACCGCGCCCUCCAGCGCUCCAUGUUAAAAGUAAUCUCCCGCCGCCGCCGCGGUCCGCUCAAACACGUCGCGCGCUCACUCCUGCGCAACAUGUUUCGCCCGCCCAACAAUAACACCUCGGCGCAGUCGUCAAGGCUGCCGUACUCGGACUCGCGGUUUCGGAAUACGCUGCAGUUCUUGGACGCGGCGGGGAGGUAUACGGGACUUGAGCGGAACGUACUGUUUUCGGUUUUGCAUGUUGGCUGGGCGAGGUAUUUCGAGCAUCGGAGGGUCUCGAGACGACGACUUAACGGCGACGAAGCAAAUCUGGCGGAAAACAAGUACGCGGAUUUCGAUCUGACGAUGCAGUUAUUGGGCGAGUCUAUGGAUAUGUAUCUCCCGACUACGGCGCGGGAUUACCUGCCGAUUUCAAAUACCAUCCUCGGGGAGGAGGAGAUAGAGAUCGAUGAGGAGCAGGAGAUUAAGAUUGAUGAGGAGGUGGAGAUGAAGAUCGAUGAGGAGGAGAAUAAGAUUGCGGCAACUCUGGCUAGAUUUCGCGAAGAGCGAAGGAAAGCCUUGCAGGAGUCCAAGGAUAAUCCUGAUAUAACUGUUUUGUAGCUUAGGAUAAAAAAUGUAAUAAGAAUUAAAAAUAAACAA